UCAAUUAUACAAUUUCACAGUUCACAGAAGUUUAUUCAAUCGUUAUAAGAGGAACAUGAAGGGCUUCCUAGGGCCCAGAAUGAUGGAAGAGGCACAGAAUUCACAGGGUUUCAGACAGGAGUCAGUCCCAGACUUGCCAAAGACAAAGGAAUUCAAGCCAACAAAAUAGCAGCUGUUUAGAAAGACUGAGUGUUUCCCAGAAGUAAUAAAAGAGGGAGAUCAAGCUAUCCCUACUAUACUGACUGUGAAUGGAAAAGACCAAAGACAUGGUCGGCUGAAGCAGGGGCUCAGAAACACAAUAAGGUCCAAUUUCUCACCUUAAGGUCAGUUCCAGACAGCCCUUUGUAUAUUCUUCCCAGGAUAUUAACUUGUUUGUUUAAUGUGUUUGUAGCCCCAGGGAGUCCUGGGGGUGUGACCCUCCUGUCUGCCCAUCCCCACCCUCUAGGGGCUCCCAUGCUCCUAGCUGUCUAUUUAAGCAAACCCCCAACCUGAGGUUCCUCAAGCAGGUAGCAGAGCCAGAAGCAUCUUUCUAGGCACCAGCUCUUGAAGGACUCUGCUCCUGCUUCACUCUUCCCUCGUGCAGACUGCAGGCAAGACAGCAUGAGAUUCCCAGCACUGACUUGGGCGGCGUGGGCCCUGCUCCUUGCCAGCAGCAGAGCCAUGGAGAUAGAGGAGAAGAUCCAGGCGAGCCUGAUGAAGCAGCUGCACCUUAACGACAUCCCGGUCCUGGAAAAGACGGACGUGGAGAAGCUGGUCAUCCCCAAUCACGUGAGGACCAAAUACAUCUCUCUUAUGAAGCGCAGCUCCGAGGAAACCUUCUCCCGGGGGAAGAGGCACAGCCAGAACAUUGCAGAAAUCAUGGGCAGCUUUUUCUCUGAUGCCACCAACCAACUACUAGUCUUCAGCAUGAAGGACAGGCUUUCCCCCACCGGAGAACUGGUCCAGGCUGUAUUGAGACUCUUUCAGAAGCCAUGCCCAAAGGAAGUGAUUAAGAGACAAUCUAAGAUGUUCCCCUUCAAUUCCCAUGCCAGCGUAACUAUCUACUGGGUGCAGACCAGAGAGGAUGGCAUCAACCGGACAUAUGUGAUUGAUUCCAGACGAGUACCUAUUCAUGAAACCGGCUGGAUAAGCUUUGAUGUGACCCAAGCUGUGAGUUACUGGCAGCAGCAGGACAAGGCAGAUCAGCCCCUGGUCCUGGAAGUCUCUAUCCACAAGGAAAACAUAGGCCCAAUGUCUUCCAAUGAACACAAAUUCACCUUCUUCUCCCAGAAUCCUGCUGAUGGAGAGUUGCUUGCUCCCCAGCUGCAGCUGCAUACACUGGAUACAAAGGAGUACGGUGCCCAGGGCAACUGCAUCCCUAACAUGCCACUGACAAAGAUCACUCGAUGCUGUCGGCAUGAGACUUACAUCAACCUUCAGAACUUGAAGUGGACUGAGAACUGGAUCUUGGACCCACCUGGCUUCAAAGCCUACACCUGCGUGGGGAGCUGCCAGCAGCUGAAGAAGGAGCACCUGAACUUCAAGUGGCCUUUCUCUAUGCAAAGGAAAUGCUUUGCCACAAAAUCUGCCCCUCUACCUUUGAUUGUUGCUGUUAAGGAUGGAGACAGCAUCGUGACCAAGGUGGUUACCCUUUACAACAUGAAGGUGUUGGAAUGUGGCUGUGCCACAGAAGGAAUGCCCAUAAUGAAGAAACUGAAGCCAUAGAUAUACAAUCCUUGUGGGCUUCUGAAGACCAUGACUUUGGAGUUAGACAGGGGUACAGAGAUAUCCUGGAAACUAUGUAGCUCAGGUAGGGGGAGGGAGGAAUGAAAAGUAACUUUUUAUUUGGCAAGUCACUUCUUUUACCUGCAUGAGCCAGCCCUAAAUUUUCUAGGAAGUCAAGAGAAUUCAGGAUACUACUAUUUAGGGUAGGCUUCCUGGCUAUGGACGGUGCCUGAGUCAUGUCUUUUUCUGUUUUUAAUAAUUGCUGUGAACUACCUAUUUUCUAAGCACUUUCAUGUGUAAGUAUUGUCAAUCUUUGAUGUUAGAUUUUUGAAAGACGAAAUUCUAACUAACUUAAUAUAGCUUCAUCU